UCGCUUUACUUAAGGCUACUCUAGUUCAAGGAAUAUCAAAGUCCAUUAGACGUGAUUUAAGUUAAAUGUGUAAGAAUCCAUUCUCAAAAUGCGCUACCUUAUAUUAUUGCGACCAAUCAUGAAGAAUUACAUUUAAUAUUUCUAACAAAAGAAUCAUCAUUUUAAUGUGGCGGAACAAUAUAGUUCUAUUUCAGUUUAAUAUAUUUCUUGGCUUUUGUCCAUCGAAGCUGGUUACCUCCCCUGAACAGAGAUGGCUCAUCCAAUUCGCUUAAUGUAUCAUGUCCAGUGAUAUAAACAUAUAUGCGUAAGCUAGUAAAUCGACGCACGAGACGAGAUCACGCGCAUACAAGGAAGUACGUCGGAUUAGACGUAACACGGUAAGCAAGGCCCGGUAUCAGAUUGACGUUAUGAUGUCGGUAGAACUGUUGUAUAUGAUGUCACUGUGUAUGACGUCACUAUGGGGCGUGGUUCAGUCAGUCAAAAUUCAAACAUUCAAUGCUGCCCUUCUCAGCAAUACAGACAAAUACAAUGUCAGGAAGCCAAAGGUCAUCCGGGCUCUUGAAUCCGGCGAUUAUGACGUCAUGUGUCUUCAAGAGGUUUGGUAUGGAAGCGAUCUGGCGAGGUUAAAGAAGAAGUUGGACAAAAGUGUUUUUGUUUACACACCGCCCUUGUUCCAGGAAAGAAUGCUGUUUGGUUUGUUGAAGGCACCUCCUUGUCAUAAGGCAAAGCCGCUCACGUUAGCGUGUGUAGCGUUGAAAUGUCCGUUUCUGGCGAACGAUUAUGCCGCGCUUGUGGACUGUAUAGCUGACUGUGGAAUACUGUCGGAAACACAGGGCUGUAUAUCAUGUCUCGUCGUGUCCAACUGGGGCGCAUUACGAUGUUUUAACUAUCUGAGGGGGGAAGCUAUUAAUGUCCCCGGGGUCGUGCUUCUGAGUAAGAGGAAGAUGAACGCCGUCAAGACUGUCGAGUUUGAGCCAAACGUGAAACAAAUUACGAAGCGGGCAUAUAUAGAAGCAGAGAUUGAAGGCGUGGGGACGGUCUUCUGCAGUCAUUCGACCUCCAACACAAACACACAGUUUUAUGAGCCAAACCUGAAGGAUGUAUAUGCAAGUUUUGAGGAACAGAAUCUCGCGGAUUCUCGAAAGCUAACGGAAGCAGCCAGCCUGUCGAGCAAACCUCUGAUAAUGGGAGACCUUAAUACUAGUCCCGAAAUACCCGCAUUUAACGUCUCCGCCGAAUUCGAGGUUUCCUACAAUCAUUUCCUGUCCGAGGGCUUCUCGUCGCCAUAUGUUUCCCUAGUGGGGAAAUGCACAUUCUGUCGUCUUGGAAAUCCUCUUGUGAAACCCGGGAAUGAGAAUAACGUGCUAGAUCACGUGUUGGUACGAAAUCACACAGUCCUCGGUGCCAAGCGGUUUUAUGACCAAAAUAUUCCCGGUAAAGACUUUCCAUUGUCGGAUCACUACGGGGUUGAGGUAGAGAUCGGAAACUGAAAAACCAAAUUGAGGCUGUGAAGAUGUAAUCUAAUUAAAAUUGGACUUGUCAUUUUCAAUCCUCUAUGAUACACUGUAAUACAAGAUCUAACCAUACCCCGUUGAAGGUCAUCUCAACAUGACCUUUGAGCUACAUAUAUAAGCCAAUGCAAACUGGUCGAUGACGUCAUAAGUCAACCAAUGACAAAGAGUCUUAUACGAGCCGUCGGUUGCGUCUCAAUAGCACAUGUAUUUAAGACUCAAUUCAGACCUUUAUUUGAAAUACAUGUACGCAAAAUUUCACAAUAAUCCUCUGGACGUUACCUUGAAAGAAGAACAGAAAACGAUGAAAACAAUAUCUCAUCGACAGGACGGAUUGUGUUGCCAACUGGAUUUCGAAAAUCGUUACAGUAAAUGUUAUUCCUUUUCAAACUAUUUUUUUCAUGAACGCUGUUGUCUUCACUCUAUCUCUCGUACGAUGAAGGAAAAACCACCCGGACAGCACACGUUUGUUAAACUUUCAAUUCGUUUAGGUUUUCUUAGUGAGCCAGAGAGUAUCGUAGAGGAGUGGAAAUUGCAAGUCUAAUUUUAAUUAGUUUGUGAAGAUGGAGAGGCAACUUGUUAGCAAUAAUGAGUAAUUCUUUUCCCAUUCCUUCCUAUAUAAUACCCGAGUAUUCAGAGUGGAAAACUAAGUCCUUGCAAGAAAAUUUUCCAAUUGAAAACUUUAAAACUUUAUAAGCUGUAACUGUAUUCUGUUUUGUUUUCAAUUCUCUCGGUUUGAUCAAACCAAUAUACCAUUAAUGUUUCAUUUCUAAAAUAAACAUUUUAAUAAAUGAAGAAUUCGAUGUCCAAAACAUCUAUUGUUCUCAAUAACUGCUAAAGCCGAUUGAUUGUUUUUAUUAAAUUCAAGAAUAAAGCGCCAUCUUUGCGUCAACACAACAAAGGCCUUCACUGAAAUGCCAUCUCGCACAUUGGUAUGACAUCCCUCCCGGUCCGUAAUACUUACACCAAAGUGCGCCAGUUGCAUUUGUACGAUUCCCUGCAGCCUCUCUGACCGUCAAGCGGGAAGAGUAGUUUUGGUAAAAUAAAUAUACUACGGCCUGAGGACAGAACUCGAUGCCUUCCUCAAACUGAAGACGUUCGAGUGAAGCACAUUCAAUAGAGGCAUUGCUGUUUUGUGGCAUACAAGUGAAAUGACACAUUAAUCGUCCCGCAAAUUGGCCCCACUAAUCGUCCCUCAAGUCGGCCCCUCUAAUCGUCCCUCAAGUCGGCCCCAUUAAUUGUCCCUAAAGUUGGCCCCAUUUAUCGUUCCACAAAUUGGCCCGAUUUGAGUAGAUACCGUAAUUAAAUAUCUUUAUUAUUUUGAUAUGUCGUCAAUAAAAAGUAAAAUCCAAUCAUCUUAAUUAAAUAAACAUCGGUAGUCCGCAACACUAACAAAUCAUAGAAGAACAAAAUCGUGUUAUAUUGAAGCUCUAUAUCAGCGUUCAGUAUAUUCUGUGUUUAUUACUUUAAAUAACUUAAAUUUCGGAUAGUCAGUCGCGAAUUCAAAUUCUUCUAAAUAUUUUUUACGAAAAUAGCUUCUUUGGACGGCAGCCUUGAUUUUGGUUAUCGGUUUAUGAGUUUUGCGGAAUCCAUGAUUCUGCUAGUUCAUCAUUUGUGAAUUUGAGGUUAUUUUUUUUAUCAGCGUUCGAGAUAAAGUAGAACAAGUCUAAAUGAUUUACAGAACUUAAUUCGUAUCACUAACUUGUGUGGUUUGUACAGUUCUGUGUAUCCUUCCUUCAAUCUGUUAUAGAUACUUUCAUUUUCCUUCUAAAUAGGUUUUAUAAACACAUAUAAAAUUGUAUAUCAAUGCCUGUCACCAUGUCUCCCACAGACAAUUACCUUGUCAGUGUAAUGGGUCUAACAAAAGACUUAAAACACAGUGGUAUCCGGUUGUGUGGACAUUAUCCUGAAUCAUUUUACGAAUUACACGAAUGCUUGACAAAAUGUCACAAACGCGUGGAUUUUAUACACCCAAUGAAUUACUGUAAAUCACUUAUAUUUCGCGUGGGAUUUAUUUUCGCGUUAAUUCGCGAGGAGAGUAAAACGCGAAUUCAAAUCCCUCGCGAAUAUUUAUAUAAGA